AUGGCUCCGGAAAUCUUGGUGAAAUCCUGCUGCUUGAAAUCAGCCAGUCUGGACGACCUCAAGAAAGUUGAUGUAUGGGCACUUGGUAUGGUAAUGUUCAACCUAGUAAACCCGGAUUUGAAACAACCAUUUCAGUUAGAUCUUGUGAGAGACGCAAGUGCAAUAGAGCAAGUGGAAGAGUUCUUACGACUGGGGAAACAGUCUAGUGGAUCGAAUAAGUAUAAGACACUUCAAGAAACAACCUGGCUCCCCAUUGCGAAAGUACAUAGAAAUUGCACAGUAGUCGAUCCAAUAAAACGUCCAGCUGCUUUGGAGGUAUUACAAAUAUUCCAGUCUUUGGUAUGCAGCAAAAUCGAAGAAAAUGUAGCUGCGGGACGUAAUGAAGAUUGUGAGGAGGAAGAAGAUGGAAGUCUGAAUGGAAGGUAA